GUAUUUUGCUCAUAUUUCAUUACAAUGAAUGGGUAUAUUAAAAAAACUUUGAUUUUCUAUUGCGAAUUGAAAUAUGCAAAACUACUAAAAAUUUUACUGAUAUUAAAGCGUAUGAAAAGUAUAGAUUUGUGGGAAAUUUAGCACUAUCUUACAAUGCUAUCUUCAAAAUUGUUUUAAUGAUAUGGGAAGGGAAUAUUCAAUGACGUGAACGUAUUAUACCACAAGGGAAUGAAAUAUAUUUGAAAAAAUAUUUAAGGUUCAUUGAUGGAUUUUCGGCACAUUAUAGACUGAGGACGUUGUACGCAAGCGUCAUACAAAUAUAUUUUACUUAAUUUUUGAGCAUGUGCGGGACGCACGAAUUAGUAGCUUAGUAAAUUUUAUGUAAUUUUUAGUAUUUUUAGGUUAAUUUAUUUUAUCAUUUUCACAAUGCAUUUGAGUAGAAAAAGCAAUUUUUUAUUCCAUAGUAAACUAAGGCUUAGAAAAAAUAACCCAUCUAGAAAAUAUAUACAUACUUUUGAAACGAUUCCAGGUCCCCGAUCACUGCCGGCUAUUGGAACACUUUAUCAGUAUUUUCCUCUAAUUGGAAAGUAUCGAUUCGAUGAAUUACACCAUAAUGGUUUUAAAAAAUAUAAAGCCUUUGGACCUCUAGUUAGAGAAGAAAUGGUACCCGGAGUUAAUAUCGUGCUAUUAUUCGAUCCAAAAGAUAUAGAAACUUUGUUUAGGAACGAAGGAAAACAUCCAAAACGAAGAAGUCAUUUAGCAUUAGAAAAAUUUCGUUUAGAUAGACCGAAUGUGUAUAAUUCUGGAGGUUUAUUACCAACGAAUGGUCCAGAGUGGUUUCGCAUUCGUAGUGUAUUCCAAAGAGGGUUGAGUAGCAUGCAAUCCGUUAAACGAUUUUUGAAUGGUUCUGAUAAUAUUAUACAAGAAUGGUUAAUAAUGUUGGAAUCCAUGAGAAAAUAUCCAAAUUUAGACUUUUUACCUGAAUUAUCAAGGCUAUUUUUAGAAUUAACGGGUCAGAAUACACUAGAUAUAAGAUUCAAUAGUUUUUCUGUACAAGAAAGACGAAAAGAUUCAAGAUCAUCUGAACUAAUUCGAGCUGCUUAUGUAACUAAUUCUUGUAUUUUAAAAACUGACAUGAUACCAGCUUUAUGGCAAAAAUUUGAUACUCCUUUAUAUAAAAAACUAAAACAUACGCAGGAAUUUAUGGAACAGGUAGCUAUAGAUUUAAUUUCUCUCAAGAUGUCUUUGUUUAGGGAUCAAGAUAAAAAUAAUCCAUCUUUAUUGGACUCUUAUUUAUUAUCCCCCGAAGUGGAUUUCAAGGAUAUCAUUGGUGUUGUCUGUGAUUUUCUAUUGGCAGGAAUUGAUACUUCAACAUAUACUACAGGUUUUCUUCUUCAUCAUAUUGGGACUCAUCCUAGAGUUCAAGAUAAUAUUUAUGAAGAAGCUCGUCGAUUAUUACCAAGUCAAUCUACACAGGUGACAUCAGAAAUGCUUACCGAAGCAGUGUAUACUAAAGCAGUACUCAAAGAAUCUCUCAGAUUGAGACCGAUAUCUGUUGGAAUAGGUCGAAUUUUACCAAAAGACACCGAAUUCUCUGGUUAUUGUGUACCGGCCGGUACGACAAUGGUGACACAAAAUCAAAUAUCCUGUAAGUUGGAAAAAUAUUUUCCUCAACCCGAAACGUUUCUACCGGAAAGGUGGAUCAAAAGUAAUCCUUUAUAUAAACAACCGCAUCCAUUUUUGCUCCUUCCUUUUGGACAUGGACCGAGAGCUUGUAUUGCUAGAAGAUUGGCAGAACAAAAUAUGAUUAUCUUAUUGCUAAAACUUAUUAGAAGUUUCCGUAUUAUAUGGGAGGGGGGUAAAUUAGAUUCGAAAUCUACUGUUAUCAACAAACCAGAUGGACCAAUAUUGAUAAAAUUAAUUAAAAGAGAAUCUUGAUAAGUGACCUUAUACUUUAUAGGAAUAUUUUUAUACAAUUUUUUUAUUAUUAAGUUAAUUAUAUUGUAAAAUUUAUUCAGGUAUCGAAAUGUUAUCAAUAAUGAUAUUUUAGUAGUUAAUUAAAAUCCUAAAGCAUAUUUUUUAUCUCAAAAUUUCUAAUAUAAAAAAAUUUCAAUGAGACAUUGUAGUAUAGCGUUCAAUUUAUAGUAGUACCUAUUUUAGUGUAUGUUUUAACAUACUGAACAUACUGGGAUUUUAAUUAAUUUAUUUCAGGACUUUAGGAUCACACAAAUCAAAUUUUACAACUUUUUAUAUAAAUUUCUGUUUUUGUGGAUUCUUCUGU